UACUUUAUACGGUUGGAUGGGUUGAAGCACCAUCAGUGCUUUCAAAAAUCCAACGAAGGAAAAUAGGGGAUAGAACAGCUUGGGAUAGUAAAACAAGAGGGAUAAGAGGCGAGAUGAGAGCGGGUGAGACAAUUUUGUUGGCACUUGUCGCCUGUGUCCUUCAUAAAACUUUUGGUCACGAUCGUGGAAAUGUCGCAAUGAGUCCAGUGAAUGGAAUGAAACUUUUGUCCCGCUCUUCGAGAACUCUGCUUUAUCCAAACCCUUCAACUCUACUGUUAAUUUUCGGGAUAGGUACCCCUUUGCAAUUAGACAGCGAGAGUGUAAUUGUCGGUGCCUUCACAAAGAUGGUGUACACAUUACCCCAGAAUUCCACGGAUUUCACAGAGUCAGGUGUGCAAUUUGCGAGAAAUGGUCAGACUCGUUGGACCAUUUACAAAAUAUUAGAGAGCACUGCUAAUUCGUACGGAUUUGAGGGGAAGCCCUGCUUGCUCCAGGCAAUUUGCGAGCUUGCUGCUGUACCAUUUGACCUCCGUCAUGGUAUCUUCGGCCAAAUCAUCCAGACAUUGCUCACGCCUUCAAGUACCAUCGAGCCAUACGACGAGUACCAGGAUCGUGAAUACCACGCAGCUGAAAGUCUCGGUAAGCACGUGGGUGAAAACUGCCACGCCCUUUAUCCGGAAUGCCAUACAAGCGCCCUAGACGUAUUUUCCACCAUAGGAUAGCUCCACAAGGAAAAAAAAAUAAAAAUAAAAAGAAAAUAUCUCGGCUCGCCAGCGCUGAAAAACUUUGUGACGUAUUCAUUUUUUUUUAUAUUCUUGUUCCAACAGAGAGAAAAAACCUUAUUUUUCCUCCUUACUCACCCACCAGUUCAGCACUCAAGUUCCCUUUUGUUUUUGCUCGGUGCAUUCCUUCAGCGAUUUUCAUUUGCCACAGAGUAUAACCGGGAUUCAUGGAAUUCCCCGGGUGGAAGCAAUCUCUUUCUCCUUUUCUCUU